AUGGAUGAACUAACUGACAGAAGAGAUGACAUCUCACUGCAAGGCACAGUGACUAUCAUCACAGCUGUAAAAGAAGCAGAAGAAGAAGAAGAUGUAACAAUGAGAGCAGUGCUUCUGCAGCUCAUUGACAUCACUGUCUUCACCUUCAACCUGGCUUUCUUGACAGUCAUGGAGGCUGCUGCUGCACCAUGA